AUGCGCCUGCGCACACUCGUCCCGCACUCGCUCUUUUCUGUGCUGCAGGCUCGGUCGUUCGGCACCACAUCUGCAUUUGCACGCGCAUCUACCGCCCAGGCCGUGUGGACGCGCAAGAUGGCGCUGCGCGAGCGAUACCGAGACUGGCCCAAGGAGGCGUUGCUUGCGCGCAUCGCUGAGCUCGAGGAGCAGUCCACCGCCCAAAGAACUGCGCACUUACGCCCUAGCACGCUCGAAACCGCACCUUCCGGCUCGUCGAUGGAUGCAGACGGAACUGUGGAGGGAACAAAGGGCAAGGGAAAGAAGGAGAAGAAGCCCAAGGAGUUCGACUUUGGCGCGGCGGGAUGUCGCAAGAUCGCACUGCGCUUUUCGUACGAUGGCGCGGGCUACUCGGGGCUAGCUGCGCAGAAUACCAGCGUGCCGGGCUCGGGAUCGACGCUGCCUACGGUGGAGGCGGUGUUGUGGGACGCAAUGUGCACUGCGCGCCUCGUGGAUCCUGCAUUGGGCAUGGACGGCGCCGGAUUCAGCAGGUGCGGGAGAACGGACCGUGGAGUAUCGGCGGCCGGCCAGGUCGUGGCGCUCUGGGUCAGGAGCAAGAAGCUCAACCACUGGACCGCCAGGCUCGAACACCAGGCCAAGUUUUCUUCGGACCCCGUCCCGCUCUCGGAAGACCACGAGGCGUUGGAGGCGAAACGCAACGCGCGGCUCGAGGAUACCGAGCUGCCCUAUGUGCAGAUUCUCAAUCGCAUCCUGCCCCCUACGAUUCGCAUCCAUGCAUGGUCGCCCGUGCGUGCCGACUUUUCGUCGCGCUUCGACUGCGUAUACCGUCACUACAAGUACUUUUUCCCCGCCGGUCCACCCUCGCUCUUCCUCGCGCAAUCCUCCUGCUCCUCAUCUGCUAUCGCCGAGGCGGCAUCGACGCGGCUGGACAUCGGACGCAUGCGCGAUGCAGCUGCGCGGCUGGUGGGCGAGCAUGACUUCCGCAACCUGUGCAAGAUCGAUGCGUCCAAGCAGAUCACCAACUACCGACGGCGCAUCGACGGCGUUUCCAUCGACCGUGUCUCUUCGCACUGGCCCACGCAGCCCAGCAACAUCAACGACACGCCCGAGGGGGACGAGGAGAUGUACGUGCUCAAUCUGCGCGGCACCGCAUUCCUGUACCACCAGGUGCGCAACAUUAUGGCGAUCCUCUUUCUGGUUGGUGCGCGAUUGGAGGAGCCUUCGGUGGUUGAGGAGCUGAUGAACACGCACGAGGGGGCCAUUGCUGCCGACCGUGUCAAGAUGCAGCUGGCCGCCCAGGCCGCGCGUCAGGGCGAUGGAGUUCAGUGGUGGCUUCCCGUCAACGCCACAGCCACCACUACUGGUGCAUCCCCCACCGACGCGCCCAUGUGGGUUGACCGCGCGCCCACCCACGCCGAGGAUGGAGAGUUGGAAAUCUACGCGACCAAGCCCAACUACGAGAUGGCUUCGGACCGGCCUUUGGUGCUGUGGGAGUGCGGAUUCCUGCCGACCGACGUCGAGUGGCGUGUUGGCGCCUACGACGGCUCUCUCUCGCAGAUCUCGGUGGCAGAAGCGGCCGAAGAUGCGUGGGCGGCAAGUUCGGCGCUGCUGCGCGUGCACAAGACGUGGACGCAGCAGGCCGUCUCCACUGAGCUCGCACGCCACUUUGUGCUCGCUUCCGCCCCGCCGCACGGCACACUGCCGAGCAGGACGAGGUUCGAGCAUGCCGCCUUUCCCUAUCUCGACUCCCCGGUGCAAGGCGGGAGCCAAGGUGCGGGCAGGGGUGCCGUCGUUCCGCUCGGGAAUGGCACGGGCAGGGGCGCGGCGAAUUACGUCGCGAUGCGCGAGCGGCCGCGCGAAGAGUCGUACGAGCUCAAGAACCAACGCUGGGCCGACACCACCGGUCGACGUCGUGCGCAACGCCGAGCGGAAGCCCAAGCCGAACCUGCAGCUCACGACGACUGA